GCUCGAAUGUAGGUAUCGGUACACCGAAUUACCCACGUUGCUAGGUAAGAUCGUCGCGCGUAAAAUCGCACAGGACAAACCCUGACGUGGUCUGGACCGAACCGUGCGGAAUACAUAUAUACGAGUGACAGUGACGGUGACUAAGAUAUAGGCGAUCGCAGUCAUUCUUUUCAUUUCGACCGUGUCGUUACACAGUGGUGUUCUUAAUCGAAGUCUUUAACGCUAGCUCGACAAUCAUUAUUUUGAAGUUUAGCAUUUUUUCCCUAUGCAAAGUGAACUGCUCUUUAAUUGGGUUACGCUCAUUGUUGAAAGAUAGAUCUAUUCGCACAGAGAGGCGUACUGUUUUCACGGCCAACGAUACCCGUAAACGCAUACACCGCGAAUGACUCGAUGAUUGCACGUCAGUGUUUCCGCGAUCCGUUCAGUUUGCGAAACACAUCCUCCCGCGCGGAUAACCGGCACGUGCUCCCACGAGCGGAUAACCGUUUAUCGUGUUACAGUAACAUUACUUCCGCAAGUAACAAUUAUGUAAUUUAGUCGCUGCGUUUCCGUCGAAACACCCAUAGUCGCUGAAACUGUACCUGUCGCCGUUGUACUCGCUAUUGAUAAGAAUAAAAAGGUGGUGAACAGACUUGAAUUAUUGCAGUGAAGUGUUCUCGUUAGAGUGACCGAUGCUCGGAUCAGACAUGAGGCCAUUUUUCAUACUACUCAUAAUUACAUCGUUAGCGAACAGUCACAACGAGCCCUGCCUCGAGUAUGGAUGUCCAGGACGACCGCAGUACGAACCAUUUGUACCUGCACCUCCUGGGCACACUCCUAAUUGCGCAAAGCCGGGGCAAACGUUCUGUGAAAGUCCCGAUCAUUAUCCUCGACAGCUGAUCAAGUUUCUCGUGGAAAAAUGCAGCUUCGACUUUAGCUCGGUGCUCAGGGACGAAUCCAAAGACGAUUUCAACAUUUACAGGUCGGUGCCGGAUUACGCCGAAGGUUAUGAUUACACCCCGCAUGGAGGGCCACAGUUACAUUCUCAACCAUUACCAUUUCUACCGCCUCAGUAUCCUCUAAGAGGGCAGCCGGCUUUAAUUUACGGAUCUCCAUCCAACGACACUCACCAGAAUGGCUACAGGUACAGCACGCCUGCCCAAAGGAAUCCAUUUUUAGUGGAUGGAACACCUUCAGUCAAAUACCAUCCUGUCGGCCAACGAACGCCCGAACGUCACUUCUAUUCUCAAUCGCAAUCCUUGAACUCAUUUGGACAGGGUCAAACAUGGUGGGCAAACAGAUACACGCGGAACAGUAAAGCUGCACCACGCUCGGUCUACGAGAAUCCGUUGCUGAAGUACAGCAAACCGAGCAAAAUGCGCAAUAAGAGACAGUCUAAUGUCGAUUCGAUUCCUAUCUGUCCCACGGUGCCGCAAUACAUCACUCCGAGGGCGGCCCUGAACAAUCAAGGGAACUGGAUGUACGUGGUGAAUCUUCAGGACCAGAAUCAGAAGUACUCGCAAAUUGUCAAGAGCGAGAAGUGCUCGACAAGUACUUGUAACGCUCUUUGCUCUGUUCCUGCGGGGUACACAAGCAAAUGUCAACAACAGUAUGUCCAGAAGAGAUUAGUGGCGCUGGAAGGAAGCGGAAACCAGCUGUACACCGACGUAUUUUGGUUUCCACACGGCUGUAGCUGUCAGAUUAUGUUGAAUUAUUGAAGGAAUGUGACCAAACGGAUCGUGAAAGGUCGAGAAAAGAUUUCUCUCGAGAACAUGCUCGAGACGAAUGUGUACACUAAUACGCAGCAUUGCGAGGAUUCUCGUAGUGUGUCUACGUAGCGGUGUAAUACUUAAAAAAUGAAAAAUUAAAGGAACGCUGGACUUUGUCAACUUCUUUUGAUCAUCGAGGAAAAGAAAGUACAUGGAUUAAAAGAAAUAAGACUACAGGUAGAGAUAUUAAUGAACUUUGGCAUAGUACUUCUAUUUAAUUCUUACUCGUUUAAUACUUAACUAAAGUACCUCCAGUUUCUUACUAUUUUAUGUUGAUUUAAAUACGAGUGAUUUAAUCGUACUGAUAUGACACAAAUAUUUAUAAAAACGGUGCGAUACGCUAACUUUUCUACUGUCGAUAGUAUAGGUAAUUGUUUAUAAAUAAAGAUUUAAGAACUCAAGUUAAAUUAGUGUAAAUCACCAUAUCUUUAUAAUUGAACUGCUCCUUCGAUUACUGAUCCCUCCUUUUUAAAGUUUACGUUCAUAAUUAUAAUAUCAUUGUGACUUAAUUUGUUUAAUAAUAUAAAAGAACAUCGUAUUAUUAAAAAAAAAUUAAUAAAAUUCAUUGUAUGUAAUUCUGCGAUUUGAAGAUGAUCCAACUAGCGCUCUCUGGUUGCAAGCGCCAAAAUUAAUGAAAUACAAAAUUUCCUUUUCUUUAAUUAAACUUCAUUAGGGUAAAUAGAAUAUACGACAAUAAUUUCACCUAAAAUUAUGAUAUCAUAGUUUGUUAGAAGGGUAGGUAAUAAUUUAUUAAAAGAGUAGCCUAUCGAUACUGAACAUUAUAGCAGAGCGCUCUUCUUAGUUCUUUCGCUUGUAAUCAGAUGGCACUAGUUGUACUAUUUUCAAAUUGCGCAAUUAUGUAAAAUUGUAACACAUGUAAAUCCAAGCCUUGCACAAUGUUUCGAAUCCAUUAAAACACAUAUUUUGUAAUAAUAUGACAUCCUUUGUAAUCGAAGAAGCGGUUCACUCAGAGAAGAGUAGUAAUUUACACUAAUUUAGCACAUAAAUCAAUUUUUAACUUAAGUAAGGUAGAAGCAAAGAUAAAUACCGGUACCAUUACGAUUUUUCAGUAUUAGAAAUAUAUUGUAUUAAACGAGUAGUAGAGACAGUUUAAUUAUCAAUGGAAAUUAUAAACAUAAUUCAGCCCCAAAUUGAUCCAGGGUUCCAUGGACCAUUGAUCGUUGCUUCCUUCCGAAAUACUGCUCGUCAUCCCUGAUUCUCCCGAAAUAUUUAUAUAAAAAUUCAUACAUUUUCAAUUUUCAUAAUCUAAAAUAUCCUUAUGGAAGCACAACCAUCUCUACUGAUAGGGGCGAGGACAAAUUGUAUUUACCC